UCUCUCGCUCUUACCGUCACCUUCACCCCUUUUGCACGAGCUUGAAAACAUGCCGAUCACAGCUAUUAAGGCUCGCCAGAUCUUCGACUCCCGUGGCAACCCCACUGUUGAGGUCGACCUCACCACUGAGCUCGGCAAGUUCCGUGCUGCUGUCCCAUCCGGUGCGUCUACUGGUGUUCACGAGGCCGUCGAGCUUCGUGAUGCCGACAAGGCUAACUACGUCGGCAAGGGUGUGAGCAAGGCUGUCUCCAACGUCAACACUAUCAUCGCUCCCGAGCUGAUCAAGUCGGGCCUCGCUGUCAAGCAGCAGAAGGAGAUCGACGAGUUCCUGAUCAAGCUCGAUGGCACGCCUAACAAGGGCAAGCUCGGGGCGAAUGCCAUCCUUGGUGUUUCCAUCGCCGUCUCGAUGGCUGCUGCUGCUGAGAAGAAAGUCCCACUGUACCAACACCUCGCCGAGCUCGCCGGCGUCGCUCCUCCCUAUAUCAUGCCCGUCCCCUGCUUCAACGUCAUCAACGGUGGUUCCCACGCCGGCAACAAGCUCGCCUUCCAGGAGUUCAUGAUCUGCCCCACCGGCGCCACCUCUUUCGCUGAGGCGAUGAAGAUCGGCACAGAGACCUACCACACCCUGAAGAAGGUCAUCACCAGCAAGUACGGUAUCGAUGCCGCUAACGUCGGUGAUGAGGGUGGGUUCGCACCCAACGUCGCUGGUGCUGAGGAGGCACUCGAGCUCCUCGUCGAGGCCAUCAAGAAGGCCGGCUACGAGGGCAAGGUCAAGAUUGCGCUUGACUCUGCUUCGUCAGAGUUCUACAAGGAUGGCAAGUACGACCUGGAUUUCAAGAACCCCAACUCGAACGAGAAGGACUGGAUUAGCGGCGAACAGCUUGCCAGGCUCUUCAUCGCCGACAUCAAGAAGUACCCCAUUGUCUCCGCUGAGGACCCCUUCGACCAGGAUGACUUUGACUCUUUCGCCCUGCUCACCAAGGAGGCCGGCAUCCAGAUCGUCGGUGAUGACCUGACCGUCACCAACCCUCUCCGCAUCAAGACUGCCAUCGAGAAGAAGGCUUGCAACGGCCUCCUGCUCAAGGUGAACCAGAUCGGCACGGUCACCGAGUCUAUCCAGGCUGCUCAACUCGCUCAGUCUGACGGCUGGGGCGUCAUGGUUUCCCAUCGUUCGGGAGAGACCGAGAACACCUUCAUCGCCGAUCUCGUCGUCGCCCUCGGUGUCGGCCAGAUCAAGACCGGUGCUCCUGCUCGUUCCGAGCGUGUGGCCAAGUACAACCAGCUCCUGCGUAUCGAGGAGGAGAUCACCGAGGUGUCUGGCAAGGCGCCUGAGUACGCUGGCCUGUCUGCCUUUGCGGCGGGUGUGAACCCCCCUGCGCUGCUGAAGAAGUGAAGGAGAAGAUGUGAAAGAGAAGAUGAAUCGAAUGUAAUGUCAAACCAGGUUAGAGAGUAUGCUCGUUGUAUGGAAGAAAUACCGGGUGCUGUGUAGUAGUCAAAAGCAAUGAAAUCUAACGAUGUCCUAGUCUGUUUGAUGAGUGAUU